AUGUCUCAGCAUACCAUCUUCGUCAGCGGUGCAACAGGCACAGUCGGUGGCUCAGUCGCCAGGAACCUCCUCUCAAGCGGUAUCGCCGUCCACGCCCUCGCCCGCGACCCGGACUCGCCCGCCGCCAAAGCUCUCUCCUCCCUCGGCGCGUCCCUCACCCCUGGAGGCUACGACACCGAAGGAGCCCUCGACGAGGCAAUGAAAGGCGUCACGGGGGCCUUUCUCAACUUGAUGCCUGAUUUCGUUGACUACACCUGGGAACUCAAGACGGCGAAGCGCAUCAUGGCAACUGCCAAAGCCGCGGGCGCUACGCACUUCAUCUACAGCAGCGGCUUCGCGGUGGAGGCUCCCGAGAAGCUUAAGAACUGGGACCCCAAAAGCUUCAAUGCCGUCGUCCUCCUCUCCAAGCAGGCUAUCGAGAACGAGGUCCGCAAAGCCGGCUUCGAGCACUGGACGAUCCUGAAACCCGGUAACUUUGCGGCGAAUUACGUCCUCCCACUCGUCGCCGUAUUCCCGGACCUCAUCAAACAUGGGCGCUUCAUUACGGCCCUGAGGCCCGAGACGAAGCUGCCGACGGUUGACCCGAACGACAUUGGCAAAUUUGCGCUGGCGGCGUACCGGGACCCUGUCAAGUUCCACGCCCAGGAGGUCUCGAUUGCAUCGGAGCUGCUUACGGUGGACUACAUCAUGGAAAAGCUUGCGAGGUUUACUGGGAAGGAUAUCAAGGCUGUAUAUCUAUCCGACGAGGAAGUUGAGGCGCAAAAGGGUGGGAAUCCGUUCAUUGGUGGCCAGUUGGCUUCGCGUGACAUGGACCAGUUUGCUGAUCUGGAAAAGACACGAAGCUGGGGGAUUCCUUUGGGGACCUUUGACGAAUACUUGGAGCGGGAGAGGGAACUGGUCAAGGAGACUUACGGACAUCUUGCGUAG